UGUAUGUCAAACAAAACCACCUUUAAAGAAACUAAGCACCAGGGUUUGAAGGAGAUUACUAGAGAUGAACAGAGCUUAUAUCCCAGCAGAUCACAUGGACAUUAACAAGACUGUACUUUGUAGUCUUCUUUAGCUCAGUUGACCAGAUUCAUUCUCUCAUGGUUUUGUGUGUUUGUAUUGAAUGUGUGCUUCUGUUGGUGUAAAAACAGUCAAAUAUUUGUAUACCUUGUAAUGUGGAUGGCUUGGCUUCUGAGUCAGUAAUGGAUGUCUGCAGCCUGAAAAGAAGAGAACCAACAUUGUAGCAAUGUUGGGUCACAGAAUCCAACCCAAUUUUUGUUAAAGAUCACUUUGGCCAUCCCUUGUUCUGAUCCUGUUUCUAGUCACUUUGCUAGUGUACUUGCCAUGUUGAUAGUAGUAGACUCUAACAAGAAGAUAAAAGCACCCUUAAAUGAUUGAUAAUGGGAGAAAGUCCUUGUGCCUUCCAUGUCCAGGCAAUUGGCCCCCACCUUCUUUCCUCCAAUUCUGACACUCAGAUUCAGCUACAUUACUUGCCUCUAUAUAUACGUGCACUGGGUAUCACAUUGUGCAGAUAUCAGCUUAUCUACUCACUUAUAUCCAAGUGCCAAGCAGUCAAUACCCAAGUUUUCUCAUCUUCCAUUAAUGGAUUCUAAUUCCUCAGGCUUUUUCUGGAAUCCUUCAACUCUCCAUUCUGUUUACUAUCCAGGCAAGGAAGACAAUGGAGAUGGUAUAAUCGAUCUGGGUCUUAGUCUAGGAACUUUGCAACCUGAAGCUUACCAUCCAUCUGGACAUAUGCCAAGUCUUGGUGGCUACAAUGACCUCAUUGGUUGGCCCCAGCCUCAAGCUAAUUCCUCGCCACAGCUCAAGAAUCCAAUCACAGGGUAUCAGAAACUCUUUGAAGAUGAUCACUGUGAUGAAGAAGCAGAAGCAGUGCAGAGCAAAGAGAGGUGGGCUUAUGUAAAGGUUAACAUGGAUGGAGUUAUGGUUGGUCGCAAAGUUUGUGUGCUUGACUAUGGAGGUUACCCGACCCUUGCACAUCAACUAGAAGACAUGUUUGGGAGACAAUCUGCAUCUGGGUUAAGGUUGUUCCAGGCUGGGUCUGAAUUUUCCCUGUUUUACAAGGACAGGGAAGACAAUUGGAGGGCUGUGGGUGAUGUUCCAUGGAAAGAGUUUGUUGAAAAAGUGAGGCGGCUGAGGAUUGCAAAAAGGAGCGAAGCUCUACAUUCUUGUUCGUCGUCAUUCAACUGAUUUCUUUGAAUGGUCUUGGCUUGAAGACUCUCUGCAGAUCGCAAAUUAAGGAUUACUUGCUUUAGAGAUGAAUCUAAAAUGGGAAAUCUGCGCAUAAAUUGCAGAAGUGAUGUUAUAUUAGUUAGGGUUGAGCAUUACAUGUAGGCACUGGAUGAAGUUAAAUACAUUAUUGUUGAUCUUGAUAAGCAAAUUUUCAUGUCAAUUGAAUAUUUCACUUAAAAAGAGAGACUGCUGGAGCAAAAUAUCCAUUCGGGGAAAUUUUAAGAUACUUAGUAGCUAAAACUGUAGUCAUAAGUUACUGCAACUUGUACUCUGUUUUUCAUCGGAUUAAUAAAUAAACUAA